GGUACCUGGGGCCAAGUCUACCAAGACCUGACGAACCACCAGGCAGUACCACAAGAACAACGGUAAGCGAAGGUAAUCAACGGCGUAAUUUGAUCGUACGGUACAUUCCCAGUUAUAAGCGCCACAUUUUCACCGUGUCCAUAUUUGGCCGUAGUUAAAGCGAUCAAAAUGGGACAAACUGUUUUCCUGCUCAUCUCCAUGGUGUUUCUCGUUUCUGGCGCCCUGGCGAUAAAGGAUAUGAUGCGAAAAUCCAUCGUUUACGACAAGAACACCCCCGACGUCUUCUACUGCCCCAUACAGAAGCCCAGCGGCAUGGACAAACUCAUCGUUAAGGCGAGACCCUUGAAGAAACUGUGCGAAUACGAGGGGCAGCCCUUACCGGAAGAUUACAAGAGCGACUGCUACCAGGACGUCGACGAGUCGAAUUACGCUUGCAAGGAAAAAUACAGGAUAAUGAUGAGAACGGCGCCGCCAGGCUCGGACAGGCCCUUCGAGGGGAAGAGAUUGGCGAGGUUCCUGGACGUGGACAAGGAGUAUUACGCGGCCGCGAUGGAGGACAGGAAGAGGGAGAUGGCGGCCGAGAAGAAGAAGAGGAAGGUCGACAAGGGGAAGAAGAACGCGUGAGCAGCAACGUUCCGAAGGCAAGCCGAUCGUUUAACGUUCUAAACUAAUUUUUUUUUAACUCGUUUUCGGUUGUUGUUUGUUUUUUUUUUUAAUGUGAAUUUUAUCGAAGAUCUCUAAUUUUGUUGAUUCCGUACAAGACUAAACUUUGUAUCCUAUUUUUAAGAGAAAAUUUUUAAUAAACUUUACCUUUUUCUUCUUUUCCAA